AUGAGGCUAUCUGGCAAGACAGAUCAACGUAUCUUUGCUUUGAAUUCCAUUGCUUCGAAGAUGAUGGAUCUGAUAAGUAGUUUUCGCUGCUUUGACCAUCCUCCACCAUCUCUCUCUCUAAUUGAAGAUUCCAACAGGUUCAAGUCUGUCCAGAUCAGAGCUUCUUCUGAAGAGAAACCUACUCCUGUUGAAGUUGGAGAGAUGUUUGCUGACUUGAAGGAGAAGCUUAGGUGGGAUGCUAUUGAAGACAAAUCCACAGUCUUCCUAUAUGGUGGUGGAGCAAUAGUUGCCGUUUGGCUGUCAUCCAUGGUAGUUGAGGCUAUCAACUCGGUCCCUUUGCUGCCAAAGGUCAUGGAGUUGGUAGGUCUUGGAUACACAGGAUGGUUUGUCUACAGAUACUUGCGCGUUAAGUCAAGCAGAAAGGAAUUGGCCAGUGACAUUGAAACGCUGAAGAAAAAGAUUGCUGGAAGUGAAUAA